GCUUACUGCUUAUAUAGUGCUUACCACUGCUUGUUGUUAGUUCAUGCUGCUUAGCUGCUUGUGUACAAGUAUAAAAAUUGGUGUAAUAAUAUAAUUUUAUUUUCUAAUUAUUGUUUAACAGAAUAUAAUUAUUAUUAUAUUGGUUAUCCUACGGUGUACGAUGAGAUUUAAUUACAAGUUUUCCAACGUUCUUGGAACAGUUUAUCGUGAAGGAAAUUUAAUUUUCACACCAGAUGGAAAUACAGUCAUCAGUCCAGUAGGAAAUCGGAUAUCAAAAUUUGAUCUGAAGAAUAACACAUCGUUUACACUACCAGUGGAAAGCUCACACAAUUAUGAACAAAUAGCUCUAUCACCAGACGGCAAUCUUUUGUUUGCUGUAAAUGAAGUUGGAGAAGCGGAUUUAAUCAGCUUAGUAAGCAAUAGAGUGAUUCACAAGUAUCGUUUCAAUGAACGAGUGCUUCAUCUGAAAUUUAGUCCUGAUGGAAAACAUAUAGCUGCUUGUAAACUCAACAAAAUUUUUAUACUGCAAACACCUGGUCAUUUUAUUGGACAGUUCAAUCAGUUUGCAUUGGAACGUGUUUUCAGCGAUAUUCUUGGUGAUACCACAUAUGUUGCUUGGACUGACGAUUCAAGUAUUUUUGCAGUAGGCAGUAAAGAUGCUACUGUGAGGCUGUAUACAAUUGGAAAUUACUCAAAUUUUCGACCAUAUUCAUUAACUGGGCAUCCUGAUACUAUUGUGGGAAUAUUUUUUGAAGAAAAUUCAUUGGACUUAAUGGUUGUUGCUAGAAAUGGUCAUUUAUCUGUUUGGCAAUGUUCACUAUCCUUAAAUCAAAUGGUUUCUAUAGAAUCAACCAAAAGUAAACGGUUAAAAUUAAAUGAUGAUGAAGAAGAAGAUGAAAUUGAUUUAUCUAAAGGAGAAGACAGAGAACGUUAUGUAAUGAAUAAAGAAGAAAAAUAUAAUCAAAAACAAGUCAAGAUAGAUAGUAAAAAUUUAUUGAGUUACCGUAAAUUGUCAACACAUUAUCUCAAUGACUUUAUAAAAGAUGAACAUAACAAUUUGAAAAUGACUGCUGCUGAUUAUCAUAAAAAGGUCAAAAUCCUUGUAACUGGUUUCUCAAACGGAUCAUUUUUAAUUUUUGAAACUGUUGGGAAAUCACUUAUUCACUCUCUAAAUAUUUCAGAAACCAGUAUUAGUACAAUAGUAUUGAAUAAUGCUGGUGAUUGGAUUGCAAUUGGCUGUAAAGGACAUGGUCAAUUAUUGGUUUGGGAAUGGCAAAGUGAAACAUAUGUUAUGAAACAACAGGCCCAUGGUUCUGAAGUAUCUUGUUUGACAUACUCAGCUGACUCUGUGUAUAUAGCCACUGGUGGUGAAGAUGGAAAAGUAAAAAUAUGGAAUAACCAAUCAGGAUUUUGCUUUGUUACGUUCUCAGAACAUACAAGUACUGUUACUGACAUAGUAUUUGCUCCCAACAAAAAAUUUAUUGUAUCUGCAUCUCUGGAUGGUACAGUGCGAGCUUUUGAUCUCAUUAGAUACCGAAACUUCAAAACAUUUGUGUCUCCUCGGCCAGUGCAAUUUAGUUGUGUAUCUAUUGACUCUACUGGAGAGUUUAUAGCUGCAGGUGGACAAGAUGUUUUUGAAGCAUACCUGUGGUCUAUGAAAAUCGGCAAACUCUUAGAAGUUUUGUCAGGACACGAAGGUCCAAUAGUAAGCUUAGAAUUUAGUCCCAUAAUUUCUAGUACUACACUGGUGACUGCUAGUUGGGAUAAGACUUUGCGUAUUUGGAAUGCUGUUGAAAAUGCAUCUGAUCAUGAAACUAUACAACUGUUUGCUGAUGGUUUAUGUGUUGCAUUUCGACCUGAUGGAAAAGAAGUAGUUGUUGCUACAUUGGACGGUCAAUUAUUAUUUUUCGAUGUACGUACUUCAACUCAAGUUGCGAGCAUUGAGGGUAGAAAUGAUCUUGGAAGUGGUCGAACAGAUACUGAUCUCAUCACAGCUAAAAAAAAUCUUCAAGCAAAGGCCUUUAACUCUGUAUGUUAUUCAGCGGAUGGGCAGUUUGUUAUUGCUGGGGGCCAGUCCAAAAAUGUUUGUAUAUAUAAUGUUGCUGAAGGUAUUUUAUUGAAAAAAUUUGAGAUUACACAAAAUCAAUCAUUUGAUGCUGUACUCGAUGUUGUAAACCGACGUAAAAUGACAGAAUUUGGAAACAUAGAUCUAAUUGAAGAACGUGAAACAAGAGAAGGGGGAAAUGUUAAAUUAAAAUUACCUGGUGUGCAUAAAGGUGAUUUGGCAGCAAGAACAUUUAAGCCAGAAGUUAAUGUUUUCGAUGUCAAGUUUUCUCCAACAGGUUUAUCGUGGUCAGCAGCUACCACAGAAGGUGUUUUGGUAUAUUCACUUAAUAAUGGGUUCAUAUUUGACCCCUUCCUUUUGGAACUAGGAAUAACUACAAAGACAACAAGAGACACUUUGCACAAAAAAGAGUAUUCGUCAGCAUUAAUGAUGGCAUUGCGUCUCAAUGAACCAAACCUCAUUACUGAAAUAUUAGAAUCCAUACCAUCCAAAGAUAUUGAACUGACUGUAGUUUCGUUGCCAAAAGUUUAUGCUGAAAAAAUUACCAAACACAUUUCCAUACUCUUGGGAUCUACAACACACAUAGAAUUUUAUGUGCAGUGGGUAAUGUUCUUGCUAAACUCAUAUCAACCUCAUCAGACCAUAAUUUUAACCCUCUACAAAAAUUUAUCAAAAAGAUAUACGGAUUUAUCUAAAGUUUGCGAUUACAACAAAUAUACUCUAGCGGUUGUAAAGAGGUUGGCUAAUUUACAAAUAAAUGAAGUGAAAGAAGAAGUUAAAGCAGAAAAUGAAGAAAUGGAAGUUGAUGAAAACAAAGUUAUUUCUAUUUAUUAAUGAUAAUAUUUAACUAUGUUUACUCAAAUUAAUGUAAAUAAAUAUUAAUAUUUCCAAGUAUUA